UGCUUGGUGGUAGAAAUGGGAACUCCCCAAUUUCCUCGGAUAAGAAAUCAUCGAAAGUGAUAAUUUUUGUGACAGUUGAAACGGCUCACGCACCAUCGCAAUACGGUCAAAAUUCUGUCGUGAGCAGUUUUACCAAAUAGUAACGUUGUUGAAUUUUAAGUACUGGUUAUACACAAUAGUUUUGGAAUGUUACAAGUGUCAUUUCUUUCAACCUGUGUAUUUUCCUAAUGACAAAUUUAUCUCACGCUAUGACUGGCAUAACCAAAUUUUAUUUAUGCAGACAUACAUUGAUAUGCACACCUUAUCUGACAAUAGCAAAAUUAAUGACAUUGAUCUUGACAUUUUCCAAUUACCGAGCAGUAACGCUACAAUUUCAAGAUCUUUAAUACCCGAUAUCAACAUGCAGAAUAGGCACCCACAAAGAGGUCAGUCUACAGGGCCGAGAAGGCCAUUUAGGGGUCAUGGGCAACGUGGUCAGCAUAGGUCACGUAGUCAACAAGGUCAGCAUAGGGAACAUAGUCAACAAGGUCAGCAUAGGGAACAUGGUCAACAAAGUCAGCAUGAGGAACAUGGUCAACGUGGGGAACGUGGUAAAUAUCGACGUGGUCGACAAAGUCAGCAUGGACAACGUGGUCAACAUAUACAAAGUAAUCAGCGAGGACAGCACUCCGCCCAAGCGAGCCGAAAUGUGCAAGAAUCUUGUGAACCAUCUAAAUAUUAUGACUGGUUUGACUUGCAACUAAAAGUUGCUGAACCUGAUGAGAACUCACAACAAAGUGAUUCACGAUCAUCUUCACCUUCUGUAUCACAAUUCUCAGGACCAAAAUUCCAUAGACAAAGCAGGAAUUCUAGUGGAAGCGCACAGUAUUCUCAUCAAGAAAAAUGUUCAAAGUACCUUCAUUUUCUUCAAUUAAAAAGACUAAGUGAAAUGGAUGAGAAUGAAGUAGCAGCAGAACUGUCACACAACCCUGAUUUCAAGCUCUUACUGAACAGCGAUUUGAACAAAGAUUUCAUUGUUGUUACACUUCGUAUUUUGGCAAAGCUUGGACAAGCAAAUUUCACAAGAAUUGUGAUAAAUAUCCUCAGCGAUGUAUGCCAGUCGAAAUUCCUCGCCAACUUAGAACACUAUUUGGUAUCCCUGCCUUCUGAAACUCAAAGCAAGACAAAAGAUAAUAGAUUUUACUGGGAAAACAUUGACGGAUUCUGGAAUACCUUGUAUGCUUUUUAUAAAGCAGUCAUCAAUUUUGUUCCUGUAGACUCUCAUGGUACAUUAAUACCAGUCAUGGAGCUAACUAUGCGAUAUGUUAUAGAGUCUAUAAAAACCAAAGCUGAUCAUAAAAUUGAUAAAGAGAUAGAAUAUGGUAUUCAGAAAUUACAUCAGCAACUGAAAAAGAAAAGAGAAAAGGGUAGUGAAACAUUCAUGGACUUCAGAACUUUGAAUAUCGUACCAACGGUAGAAGAUCUCAAUGAUCAUCAUCCAUACAUCAGACCUUGCAAAACUCAUGGUGCCUAUGAUUCAGUGGACCAUUACCUGGAUGUCCAGUUUCGACUGGUCCGCGAAGACUUUUUAUGUCCAUUGAGAGAGGGUAUUCGAGAGUAUAAAGAAGCGUUAGCAGCAAAUAGAAAAAUCCUAAAGCCAAAGUCAGACAUUAGGGUUUUCCAAAAUGUAAAGUUGAUAGGUUCAACUAUAGUACGAAAUCAAGUUGGCAUAACUAUUUCUUUUGGAGUUAUGCCAAAAAUAAACUGGAAUUGUUCGAAGUUGUUCAUGUACGGAUCACUCCUAUGUUUUACUAAUGAUAACUUCAAGAGCAUUUUCUUCGCAACUGUCACCGAGCGAGAUCCAAAACUCUUAGGAAGAGGCGAACUAGUCAUUGAGCUUUGUACAGGAUCAGAAAUGAUGCGAAACAUGUACAACUGCUCAUUUGUUAUGGUAGAGUCAAAAGUAUAUUUUUUGCCCUACUACCAUACUCUUCGCAGCUUACGCUUUAUGACUGAAGAGAAUUUCCCAAUGAAGCGCUAUAUCGUAGAUGCGGAAUCAUCUCCUUCUCCACCGAAAUAUCUCGAUCAAAGCACAGUCUAUGUGUGUAAAGGAUUCAGAAUUCCUGUGAUGGAUACUAAACGAUGGCCAAGUGCUAAAUACCUUCAGUUUGAUCAAUCCCAGUAUGAAGCCUUUAAAUGUGCGCUUCUACAAGAAUUAUCAGUAUUACAUGGGCCACCAGGUACUGGUAAGACAUUUAUGGCAUUGCAAAUAGCUAGCACAUUGUUAGCCAAUUCUUCAAGUUGGUACAACUCAUCGCAGCCCACACCCAUGAUUGUUGUUUGCUUGACAAAUCAUGCCCUUGAUCAGUUUCUGGAAGGUAUUAUGUUGCAUACAGAAUCAUUAGUUCGCAUUGGCGAACAAUCCAAAAACCCAAAUUUGACCAAAUACAAAUUGAAAAAUGUACGUGAUAAUUACUUUAACAAAGAGAAAAAGAAAAACUCUUUAUGGCGGCAUAUGUAUCACAACCGCAAUCUAUUAAACGUAAUAUUGAAUGAGCUCAGUAUGCUCUACUCAGUGCUAAGGGCUUUGACAAGUGAUACUGUUAUAGUCUCGCCACAUAUACUUCGGCAAUAUGCCAAUGAUGAUAGAUUGCAUGGCAUAAAUGCUGACGAUUUAAUUACUCAACUAUUUGGUGCAAAUUCUAUACCUUUAAUUCAGGAAAUAAAUACCUACAAAUACAAUUCGGGUGAGUCUUCAGCAAAAUCUGAAUAUGACUCCGAGGAUGAGAACAUAGAUAUAGAUGAUGAUUUUGAUGUAGCAAGUGUAGUACUUGCGGAUAAAUCGCAAAUUACUUGUUUCGAUAUCAGUGAUCUGGAUGCUGCUAUUCACAGACUUGAAACAAAAAUAAUUCAGUGUAGCACCAAUAAAACCGAAGAGGUACAUCUUAAAGAGGAUUUCAAUAAAGUACUUGAGCAAUUCAAAACACUACAGACAACUGCACAGGGAAUUCUGAGUCAACAUCCCCUAAGUGAAAAUCAGUCUACAUCACAGAACUACCUAAAAUACGAAACAUGGGAAAUCUAUAGUAGUUGGUUGUUAAGCUGCCAUGAAGUGGUGCAAAAACGUGUUGUGCAGCUAGAAACGGAGUAUGAUGAAAUAUCAGCUAAACUGGAUGAUUUCAAACAAAUGACUGAUUUAGAAGUGAUGCGUAAUGCUUUGGUCAUAGGAUUGACCACUACAGGUGCAGCUAGGUUGCACGAAACCUUGCGUGCCCUGAAGGCUCCAAUAGUACUGGUAGAGGAAGCAGCAGAAAUUCUUGAAGCUCAUGUAAUAUGUUCUCUGACAGAACACUGUCAACAAGUUAUUCUUAUAGGCGACCAUAAACAAUUACGACCAAAACCGGCUACUUAUGAGUUGGAGGUGAAUUAUAACCUGAACAUUUCUCUCUUUGAGAGAAUAGUGAAGAUGAGAAAUAAAAGUGCACAGUUAGUUGUUCAGCAUCGUAUGCGGCCACAAAUUGCUGAGCUGAUAUCCCCGGCGAUAUAUGAAACACUAGUGAAUCAUGUAUCCGUGUUCACUUAUCCUGCAGUAAAAGGUUUGGAGAAAAAUUUAUUCUUUUUGAAUCAUCAAAAUCAUGAAUUGGGAACUUCAGAAAGCGAGUCAAUGUCCAACCCUUUCGAAAUCAAAUUUUUAUUGGCUUUUGCACAAUAUUUGCUGCAACAAGGAUAUACUUCGGAUGAAAUCACUAUACUGUGUACAUACAGUGGUCAGUUAUUGAAAUUCAAAGAGGCUAAAAGAAGUAUGCCAAUGUUGUGUAAUGUACGCGUAACAACAGUCGACAACUACCAGGGAGAGGAAAACAAAAUAAUACUACUAUCGUUGGUUCGGAAUAAUCAUAAUGGUAACAUUGGAUUUUUACGUACUGAGAAUAGAGUUUGUGUAGCACUAUCACGUGCUCGCGAAGGACUCUAUAUUAUGGGAAAUAUGGACAACUUAAUAGUAAACAAUGAAAUUUGGCCCAAGAUAAAAAAAACCCUUGAAAACAACGAUGCUAUCGGGAGUUCGCUUGUUUUGCAGUGCCAAAAUCAUCCAGAUCAAUUAACAGAGAUAAGAAAAGCAAACGAUUUCAAAAUCUCUCCUACUGGUGGAUGCUCACGUCAAUGUGAUACUGUAUUGCCUUGCGGUCAUACCUGUAUAAAUCUUUGUCAUAUUUCGGACAGAGAUCAUGAGAAUUACGUUUGCAAAGAACCAUGUUUGAAACGCUGCCCCAAUGGCCAUCGUUGUGAUUCAGGGUGCAAUGUAGCCUGUCCACCUUGUAAAUUUUCAAUCACGACAAAUAUCAAGUGCGGUCAUAUCGCAACUUUUCCUUGCUGUACAGAUUUAGAAGAAUAUAAAUGUCAAUUUAAGGAAUUAACUCCCUUAAGCUGUGGUCACACUGUAAGAAAGCCUUGUCAUUUACCUUUUGCGACAUUUCAGUGUACUCAUAUUUGUGCGAAAUUGUUAUCUUGUGGUCACACUUGCAAAAGAAAAUGUCACAUCAAAGAAGAUCCUGAUCAUCUACAAUAUGUAUGUUUUGAAGAAUGUAAAAAAAUAGCACUUGAAUGUGCACUUGACCAUCGAUGCUAUAAACGAUGCCAUGAAUCAUGUGGAGUUUGUAUAGUAGAUGUGAUAAAGGAACGUUCCUGUGGCCAUAAAUAUAAAGUGCAAUGCUCAAAUGAUGUGGAAAAAAAAAUGUGUAGUCGACGAUGCAAACGCGAGCUACCAUGUGGUCAUACGUGCAAAGAGAAGUGUUUCAUGCCAUGCGGAAAUUGUAAAGAAAUGACAGUCAAGAUUGUACCUGACUGUGGCCAUGAAAUAAAAAUUCCUUGUUCUGAGAAUCCAACAGUUGCUGCUUGUACGGGUCAAUGCCCACGGAAGCUUGAAUGUGGACAUCCCUGCAAAGCCCAAUGCAAGGAACCAUGUACUAAACGAUGCGAAUAUCCACGACCCUUGCCAAAACUGGGAUUAUGUCAACAUAUAUAUUCUGUGCCAUGUUACAAAAUAGAAGCUGGUUUACCAGAAUAUGCAGAUAAACUUUUGCAGCAUUGUCCACAACCUUGCGCCACUGCGUUACCUUGUGGUCACGUUUGUAACGGUAGUUGUGGUUCCUGUAAACAAGGACGAAUCCAUAUUGCAUGCCAUCAACCUUGCAACAAGAUUCUCAUCUGUGGUCAUAAAUGCACGGCUCUUUGCAAGGAUCAAUGUCGGCCAUGUAAUAAAAUAUGUUCUCUGAAAUGUCAACAUACUGAAUGUAAACUCAAGUGCCGGGUACCUUGUACGCCAUGUCAGGAACCCUGUUCAUGGCGUUGUGAACAUCUUCAAUGUGAGAAACUGUGCUUUGAAAUAUGUGAUCGAGAGGCAUGUAAUGAACCAUGCCGAAAACUUACUAAAUGUGGGCAUCCCUGCAUCGGAUUUUGCGGUGAACCAUGCCCACCGCUCUGCCGUGUUUGCGAUGAAAAGGAUCUACCUACUUUAGUCUCUAAUAAAAGUAAAUCUGAUGCACGGUUUGUGUAUUUGCCAGACUGUGGUCACUGUAUCGAAAGUGACUAUCUUGACUGGGAAUGGCACCACAGCUUUAAAAUUGGUAUUAAAGCAUGUCCAGUAUGCAAAAGUCGUAUUACACAUUGUGUACGAUACACAAACCAGCUUAAGAAGGAAUGUAAAAAUAUAGAAUUUGUAGUGGGUCAGGUCUCCUUCAGACUAAAAAAGUUACGAGAUGAUCAACAGAGACUUGUCAAUGACAUUAAUGAAAUCUCACAAGUAUAUACAAAGCAAUUUCAAGAUUUUCAUGCCCACAAAAAAUUGUUCGAAAACUUGAAAACAAUUGGGAAUGGACAAAAACAUCUAAGUAUCUCAUGUUUGAAGGAUAUCAGGAUGAAACUAAUAGUCACCGUAAUGAUUUUGCGAAAACUCGAUGAAAUACCAAACAUCGUUCGUGAUACCAACAAUUGGCCAGUGGUUCUUAAUCAAAUUAUCAUUCUGAUCACAUGCCUUCCGACUGAUCACAAUAUGUCGUAUCAAAUGGUCAAGGAUAUCGAAAAUGAGCUCAUCAGAUUACAUUAUAUGGUUCAGCUCUGUAAACUUGAGAAAUUCCAUGAAUUAAACAAGGACGAGACUGCAUUGCAAACAGAAAUAAUUUACUUGGGACUGUUGAACCUCAGGAAAUUUACAGAUGUUAACAGCAAUACAAUCUACAAACAGCUAAUGGGACUGAAAGACUCACUACAAUCAUCCUUAACAAUUAACGAAGAGAAAAACAUCAUGAUUAAGACAGUGGGACUAGAUGACGAAGAUUGGUAUAAGUGCCCUAUGGGGCAUGUUUUUCUAGUAAGAUGUGAAAAAUGUCUGCAUUCGAUUCCAUCCUCACCUGUAGAAUCAGAAUAGGAUAGAACAUGUCCAAAUAUGUUUAUAAAACAGUCAAUGGUGUAAUUACAGUAAUGUUGGUCAAGUACAGUACAUGACGUGUUCUCAUAAUAUGUAUCAGUUUUUUUUUAAGUUUCAAAUGGAGUUCAGAUCAAUAAAGCAAAAUAAGUUGAAAGAUGUGCCACAAUGCUAACCUUUCAGAAGAUUUCUAUAUUUUACCAGUUUUGCUGAGCGAACUCGUUGCAGUGCAGCUUCAACACUUUGUCGGUCUCCACUUGUGAAGUAACAUUGCGAGUUUAGCUA